AAAAAAGUAAUUCAGUAUAAAAGACAACAUUUGUUCUACCAGCAGUAUCAGUUCGAUCACAGCCUUAGAUAAGUUAAUCCAAAGCGCUUUAGAGAAUAAGUCUAAUCUUAGUAAAUAAUGAAUUUUAAGUUUUUAUUAUUUCUAGUGGCAGCCGUGGGAGCUGCCAGUAUUCAAGAGCAUCAAGCACAGUCACAACAACAACAGCGCCAAAGACAGACAACGGAAGUUCGAGAUCCAAGCGAAGAUGGACCAGUUGGAUAUGACUUCUCCUAUUCGGUACAAGAUCCAACAACGGGUGAUAUCAAGAGUCAGGAAGAAUCCAGAAGAAACGGAAACGUGCGGGGGCAAUACUCCUGGGUGGAUGCCGAUGGGGUUCGACAAAUCGUAGAUUAUCAAGCGGAUGACCAAAAUGGAUUUCAGUCGGAGCACCGACGGGAACCGGCAGUCCUCAGACCUCGCCCUCAUCACAUAGUUCAAAUCAUACCCGCUCCACUGUAUGCCAUCAAUACUCUUUUGGCUCCCGUGCAAUCAUCGGUUUCGCGAGUCGAUCUCCGACGACAACAGCAGGAGAAUCGAGAUGGUCGCGAUAAUCGUCGUGAUGAUAAUGAUAAUCGUGACGAUCGAGAAAAUCGCGAGGGACGCGAAGACCGAGAUGACCGCGACAGCCGUACCAGUCAGGAUGAUCGUAAUAAUCGCGAAGGGCAAAACAGGAGUCGCGAUCAGGAUGAGGGACGGCGGGGACGUGACGGUAUCGCGCAGUCGGAAGUGCGAUUCCAGGAUCCUGUCGUUUCCUACCAAUACAGCAACUAUCUAGAAAGCAUGGCAUUCAAAUUCGUAGCACUUUUCGCCGUACUGGCCGUUGCCAAUGCAGGCAUUGUUCCUGUUCAGCAGUUGCACACCGCAUAUCACGAACCCGCUCAAAUUGCCUAUCAUCAACCACAACCCACGCUGUUGAAAACGGUAGCCCAGCCAGCAUACGUGAAGACUAUUGCCCAGCCAACACUGGUGAAAACGAUCGCACAACCAACACUCGUGAAGCAGGUUGAGAUUCACGACGAUCACAAUGCCCAGUACGACUUUUCCUACGGAGUGCACGAUGAACAUACCGGCGACAUCAAGGAGCAGCAUGAAACCCGCCACGGUGAUCAGGUCCAUGGCCAGUACAGUUUGAUCGACUCUGAUGGACACAAACGCACCGUCGAAUAUACCGCUGAUGAUCACAACGGGUUCAACGCUGUGGUCCACCGCGAACCAACCGACAUCAAGAUCCCGCAGCCAUUGCAAAAGAUCGCCAUUGCCCAGCCAGUUACCAAAGUGAUUGCUCAGCCAGCUUAUGUGCAUGCUGCUCCAGCCGUUGCGCACUAUCACGCCCAUGAACCCACCACUUUGAUUAAAACUGCCGGACUAUCGCAUUAUUAGAAUGUUUCCAUCAUUCGCUGUUUAAGUGAUCAAUGUUAAGCUGUGAAGACUCAUAUCGAUAGGUUAUAGUACAAAAUAUAUAAAUAGUAAAUGAAUACUA